AAUAACGAUGUCACAUCAGUAGCGCGUGCGCCGCGGAAAAGGCAACCGGUUUGCCUGCGGCUUUCCGUUCCAAAUAUAAUGCACACCAAAGAGUUUAAUCUAUAGAUGUAGUUUAUUGUCAAGACAGUACACAGUUGGAACAAAGAUGGAAUACUACACAUCAGACAGUUGCGACAGUGAUAGCAGAGAACAAAAAACUUUAGACCUCUCCCAUAGGUUGUUGGACUGCGAAUCAAUAUCAUCGGAAUUGGACAGCAUUAUCAAUGAACACAAUGGUGCCUAUAAUAUCGAGACGAUGCUUUUAUACAAUAAUAGGAUCAAGGCAUUGCCGAGUGCUAUCAACAAAUUUAGUAAUUUGAAAUUUCUUGAUAUUAGCAACAACAGGCUAACUGUUCUUCCAGAUGUACUCAAAAACUGUGCGCUAACAUCACUUAUUGCAAAACACAAUUACCUCACAAAUGAAUCGCUACCAAAGUCAUUCUAUGAGGCCAAAAAUACACUGAAAGAAUUGAAUUUGAGUGGGAAUAAACUCAAUUUCUUCCCAGAACAAGUACUUGAAUUAUCUUCGCUGCGCUACCUUUAUCUUGGUGGAAAUAAUAUAGUAAACAUACCAAAAGAUAUUUGGAAAUUGAACAGUUUACGAAUUUUGUCUAUCGGCGGUAAUAAUAUCGCCGAAGUACCAGAUUCCGUGGGUGCUCUCAAGGCUCUUCAAGCUUUAGUUUUGAGCGACAAUCAAAUAGAACAGUUACCAGCCAGCAUCGCAAAUUUAAACCAACUCCGUUCGUUGUUAAUCCAUAAGAAUAAGUUGAAAACGCUUCCGACACAGAUUAUCAAAUUGAAAUGUUUAACUGAAUUGAGUCUACGUGACAAUCCUUUAGUUGUGAGAUUCGUACGUGAUAUGGCAAUACAACCUGCUUCGCUUCUCGAGCUUGCAGGGCGAACAAUAAAGCUACACGAAAUUCCAGUCCGGGUUGGAGAAGUUCCUAUUACUUUGAUUAAAUAUCUGAAGUCGGCACAAUGUUGUGUCAAUCCAAAGUGCAGAGGUGUCUUUUUUGACAACCACGUUGAACACAUAAAGUUCGUAGAUUUCUGCGGUCGAUAUCGGAUUCCACUACUACAAUACUUGUGCAGUUCUAAAUGCAUUACAGGCAGUUGGGAGAACCGCGAAGCGGAUAAUAAUCCGCCAAGUCAUAUGAUGCGAAAAGUGCUUUUGGGAUAAAAAGAUUAUUCAAGUAGAAAUACACCUAGCAAGUUACAAUCUUCAUAAACAUAUCCUAAACAUCCAUUAUACACAUCAUCCUCUUCUUGGUGUACAAUAAAAUACCUUGAAGGCCGAUUAACAUUAAGGGGUAUUAAUUAUUAUUAUUUUUUUUUUUUACAUUUGUAUAACUUUGUAAAAGAUGUAGUCCUAAAUGAAUAAUUUUUUUUUUUCGUUCGCUAUUAAAACGUAUACAGUAUAUUUUAUGUUAUGCAAUAUUUAUGUUACAUAUUAUAUAAUUUUAAUUUGAGUGACAUUACAUUCCUGUUUACAAAAACAAUUGAUUUAAAUUUUAGAAUCAUUGUUAUUAAAGUUAUUUUGUGUUUAUCAUUAAAUUUCAUUUACAUUAGUAUCAAGACAGUUAUUUACAUAUUUAUUAGUGCAUUAAAAUCACAUUUUACUUUGCAACCUACUACUAGAGAAAAUAAUAAGGAAGAAUAUAUUUUUAGAACAAAUAUAUUGUCACCUAUUUUACCUUAGACUAAUUUGUAUGAACAUAAUCGGUAUUGUAUAAUAAAUAAUAAACUAUUGUAUUGUUUCA